AUGCAAACUGUGAAAAUAGGUGCAGAUGAUUGGGUGAUCGUGGCGGCCUUGCUGCCUGUAACAGCAUGUCUCGCUUUGGUUGUGCAAGCGAGUGGAUACAAUGGUCUUGGGAAGCAUGUGUGGAGUAUCCCUCCUGAUGAAGUCGUUGAAAUGAUGCGUAUUCUGUUCAUCUUCAUCCUAUUCUACGUGCUUACCACUCCACUCGUUAAAAUAUCCAUUCUUCUCUUCUACCGCCGUAUCUUCGGCAUGACAUAUCCAAUCUGGUUCUGCAUGUUCCUAGCAGUGGGAUAUUUUUUCUCUGGCUACAUCACCUUUCUAUCUUACUGUAGACCAGUUUCGUACUACUGGACACAGUUUGCAGAGCCCAGUGGAGGAAAAUGUGUGUUCAAGAUCUACCCAUUCUUUAUCACCCAAGCUGCGGUGAAUAUGGCCACGGAUGUGUUCAUCCUAGUGGUUCCAAUCCCUAUUUUAUGGAACCUACAAAUGAGAAGGGCACAGAAAAUUUUAUUAUCCGGCAUCUUUUUGGUUGGAGGAAUUGUCUGCAUUGCAAGCUUGAUCCGGAUUUAUUACAUCACUUUCCUCAAAACCUCCUACGAUUACACCUGGGUCAUAGGUAAAUUCCUCCUCUGGUCCAGCAUUGAGCCUUCCAUCAGCAUCUUAUGCGCCUGCCUUCCAACACUAUACCCACUGCUCCGCUCAAUUAUGGCCUGCAUGUUUGGCACUAGUUCGAGGAAGUAUUCUGGAGCUUUACGCAACCGGGACACAGCCAGUAAAAGAAUACAUACUGGCAGACGAGGGCCACUUGACUGGGACGAGACCUUGUUGACUACGCAUGGCGUACAGGUCGAGAUGAGUGGAACCAGGAGGGAUAGUGCUCAGAAUGGUCACAUUACGGUGGAGACGGAAUUUCGAAUAGUCGAAGAGAGCAAUCAAUUGAAGUAA